GUCAACUAUCGCAGGGGCCAGGAUGAUGAAUUUGGGGCCUGGUUCGCAUGGGCGAAAGCGCGCCUCUCCUGAACCAUGUUUUGUUUAUUUGCUCAUAGAUCCGGGACGAGGUUCAGUCUUGAGGAAUUCGUUUUCUAAGCAAGUAUAUGAACAGUCUAUAUUUGCUGCUGUGCGCCGGUUUACUCCAUGCCAAUGUAUCUAAAGAUUUUUUGAGGGUAUCAUUUUUUGUGUUUUCAACUUGGUUGUGUAUGUCUCUCUCUGGGAACAUGAAGAUCCCUCUUUUCCUUUUCUUUGACCUCAACAUUUUGAUAUCGAAUCACUGCAGUGCACCGACAGACUUGUCUGGCCCAGCGCCGUGGCGUUCCGCUGAAAGUAUCUGUGCUAUUUCUAGCAGCAACAUCUUCGGCUUUCAGUACCUAUGUUGCACAAGUUUUGUGGUGGCGGUCUUGCAGGGGUUGGCGAUACUGUAGACUUUUUUUUCGUCUCUUCAACCGUCGAGGAAAGCGUCGCUCUUGGCCUUGGCGGUAGAGUCGUCGGUAGUGCCGUCCGCUUUCGUGGAUGGACGGUUGGCGAUGAGGCG